GAGGAAGCACUUGGCUGCUGUUGCUGCUGAGUAUCGUAUCAAGGAAUUCCAUGGUGCGAUGAGAGCAGAUCAUUGGGUUUGAGAUUGCCAUGUUUGUUCUUAUGGCCUGAGUGAUGUUCUGGAUUACAUAAAACAUUCUGCUAGAAAGCUUUCAGUAUUAUCUGCAAGUCAAUCACCUCGAAUCCUCCUAAAUGCGAACAUCUCAAAACCGCCAGAAUGCGGCCGGCGUCCAUGGCUUAUACCAUCAACCUGUGCAAGACAUCGACCCUUAUUAUUUGCCUAAUUUUCAGAUCGAGGAAAACAAUGUCAGUCCAGACAUUGGCAGCCAAGGGACUAAUUUCUCCUUUCAGGCUUACAAUGAGCAGUACUUCACUCUCGAAUCUGCUCCAGCCAUUUCCGGCUUUGGUUCGUAUGAUUCCCCUUCGGCUGUGAGCGUUGCGUCUAAUAGGAGUCCCUUUUCGAAUCAAGGUUCACACUCGUAUUUGUCAGAUGCGCAACAUUCUUCUGACAAUCCUCAUGGGUCACCCAUCAGUGGUUCUUCUGUGGCUAGUUUUGGCAAUGACAUGUGGGGCAAGCUGAGGGAGCUGGAAAAUUCGUUGCUUGGACCUGAAUCUGAUAUCAGUGAUAGCGGCAAUUGUUGCCUAAAUAGUGGGAGCCACCAAUUCACAUCAACUGGGCAGUGGGAUGUAAAUCAGAUGAUAGAGAUGAUCCCUAGAUUGAAUUUGAAGGAAGUGCUCAUUGUCUGUGCACAAGCGAUUGACAAUGCUGACAUGCCUAAGACAGCUGGUUUGAUGGAGUUGUUGGAGAGGAUGGUGUCUGUCUCAGGAGAUCCAAACCAGCGUUUGGGUGCUUACUUGUUGGAAGGGCUUAGAGCGAGAUUGGAAUCUUCUGGGAGCAUAAUCUACAGAAAGCUCAAGUGCAAAGAGCCCACUAGCUCAGAAUUGAUGUCUUACAUGCACAUCCUCUAUCAGAUUUGCCCAUACUGGAGGUUUGCCUACCAGUCAGCAAAUGUCGUAAUUGAGGAAGCUAUAAAGUACGAGUCAAGAAUCCACAUAAUUGACUUCCAGAUAGCUCAAGGAACCCAGUGGAUCACUCUUAUCCAGGCUCUUGCAGGACGAGCGGGUGGGGCCCCUCUCAUUCGCAUCACUGGAGUUGAUGACUCCCAGUCAGCUCAUGCGCGUGGAGGAGGGCUCAGCAUUGUCGGGCAGAGGCUAGCGAAGGUUGCUGAGUCGUGUGGAGUGCUAUUUGAGUUCCACAGUGCCGCCAUGUGUGGAAGUGAGGUAGAACAAGAGAACCUCGGAUUGCGACCUGGAGAAGCUAUAGCCGUGAAUUUUCCAUAUGUUUUGCAUCAUAUGCCAGAUGAAAGCGUCAGUAUCCAUAACCACCGUGAUCGGCUGCUGCGAUUGGUUAAGAGUCUAUCCCCAAAGGUGGUCACCCUCGUGGAGCAAGAGUCUAACACCAACACGUCACCAUUCUAUCAAAGGUUUAUAGAGACCGUGGACUAUUAUACAGCAAUGUUUGAAUCAAUUGAUGUGGCGCGCCCACGGGAUGACAAGCAAAGAAUCAGUGCGGAGCAGCAUUGCAUCGCCAGGGACAUAGUCAACAUGGUAGCUUGUGAGGGGAUGGAAAGGGUUGAAAGGCACGAACUUUGGGGGAAAUGGAGGUACAGAUUUAGGAUGGCUGGGUUUCAGCAGUUCCCGUUGAGUUCUGCAGUUACUGAUGCUGUCAGAGAUCUGUUAAAGGGAUAUAACGAGAAGUAUAGAAUCGAAGAGAGGGAUGGAGCUCUUUAUCUCGGCUGGAUGAACCGAGCUUUGGUAACUUCUUCUGCGUGGUGGUGAAACUUGUAGGUUUUGCCGAGUGAAACCUGUAAAGUUUUGUACUAGUUGUAGUUAAUGUUUAGCUUGAUGAUUAGCUUUAAUUCCACUUCUAUAGGAUCAAGGGAGCAAUGUUCAGAACUUCCACUACACUAUUGUAAAAUCCCCAACUUGAAUUUGGAAGGAAAAAGAAA